CGGCACCGAAAACGAAACGGGCGAGCUCUCUCGAAGCGAACGAGAAAACCCAAUCCCCAAAUCUGGCUGCUAAACUUUCAAUGGCGAACGCUGUUUUGUCGCGGACUAGCGAGAGCGAUUGAAUUUUGUCGCGUUUAGAGUCUUCGCAGUGUAGUGCAGUGCUGUUGAAAUCGGUUUUCGCGAUCCUGUUUGCUAAUUCGAUCAAAUUGUGGAUUACAAAGUGCAACCAGUUCGAGAAAAUUGGUAAACUACCGCAGCCUCUUGAAUUUACAGCAGUUUUCUUCUACAUAUAGUAACUAGUUUUUUUUUUAUUGCUGCAUAGCGAGUCGGGUUAGCUAGCUAGCUGCUCUACUGCUCCUCGGCACGACGACAACCACUGAAGCAAAAGUGAGCAGGCAAAGAAGAAAAAAGUAGAAGAAUCGGGACAGUCUCAACAUUUUCGGGUGAAACUCGCAGUUGGCGACGAUUGGAGAAGUUUUUGGGGUUUCGAAAGGACAGUCGCGAAAAUUUUCCACCUCGCUUUGUUUCGAAGCCUUGCAUUUGCUGCGGAAAGUGUUCUUUGAUGGGGGCCAUUUGCCGGUUCGCAUAAUUGUGUUGGGGGAAAAAUUUAUCAUUUUCUUCCGUUUUGUGUGCUUUAAGACGACGACGACGAAGACGGUGUCUCGGAAAAAAGACAAUCGACGAGUAAAAUUUGGCCGACAGCAGGAGCAGAUACACCGUAUCGCGGUAUUCUAGAGAUUGGAUUCCGCAGUUUCCAGUGAAACAAGGUGGCACGAAAAAAACAACAACCGAAUACGCUCUCUAUGGACUGAGAAAAACGACUACGGAAGACAAGACACAGUUUCUUUUUUUGUGUGACUGUUUGUGGCUGCAGAAGUGCAAGACUAAAGGAAAACCGAAAAAGGGGGAACCGACUCCCGUGGAAACUAGUUUUCAUUCAUCCUCUUUCAAAGUUGUUGCUCUGCAUUUGUGAUCCUCCUCUCAGAAACACAGACACAGUCAGGCAAAGUGCUGUCGUGAAAACAUUCGAACUAAAGACACCGAUCUGCCAGGCUAUCGCUCUAACAAUAACAACAACAAGAAAGACAAACAGGCAGAUCAAAGGAGCCUUCGUGAAAAAUUGCUCAUUGCUGGUGCUAUUUGGGGUUGAUGUAAAAUCGAAACUCCGAGAAGAAAAAACAAGCGUUUCUGCCAGUGCUACUGCAGAAUUGAUAAAUAACCAGUCGUCGAGCUCUUUUUAGCAUCUAUCACUAGUGACAGCUCCUAGAGUAAAAAAACCAAGAUGACGGACGAAGUGUACCCGAAAACUUUGUACGUUGGAAGUCUCGAUCAAUCAGUGACCGAGGAGCUGCUAUGUGCCCUCUUCGGUCAGAUGGGACAGGUGAAGAGUUGUAAGAUUAUCCGAGAAGCAAGCAACGAUCCAUAUGCGUUCAUCGAAUACGCCAAUCACCAGUCCGCUCAAACAGCGCUGGCCGCUAUGAACAAGCGACUGUUCCUUAAAAAGGAAAUCAAAGUUAACUGGGCUACGAGCCCAGGAAACCAACCGAAAACGGACACGAGCCAGCACCAUCAUAUAUUCGUGGGGGAUCUCAGUCCGGAAAUCGAAACUGAAACCCUGCGGGAGGCUUUCGCGCCUUUUGGGGAAAUCUCAAACUGUCGCAUCGUGCGGGAUCCGCAGACGCUGAAGUCCAGGGGAUAUGCGUUUGUAUCGUUUGUGAAGAAGGCUGAGGCGGAGAAUGCGAUACAGAUGAUGAACGGACAGUGGCUCGGUUCGAGGAGCAUUCGCACCAACUGGUCCACCAGAAAACCCCCACCACCCCGUGAGAACACCAAGGGUAUUAAAAGUGGAAAAACUCCUGGGUUCGAGGAAAUCUACAACAACACUGGUCCUACGAACACGACAGUGUAUUGCGGUGGUUUUCCACCGAACACCAUAACCGAGCAGCUGAUUUCCAAGCAUUUUAGCCAGUUCGGACAAAUCCAAGACAUUCGAGUAUUCAAGGACAAGGGAUAUGCGUUUAUCAAAUUCACGUCCAAGGAAUCGGCCGCACGGGCCAUCGAAGGCACCCACAACAGUGAGGUUCAAGGGCACCCGGUAAAGUGUUACUGGGGCAAGGAAAACGGAGGAGAGAUGACAAACAACAACAUCAAUGCAGCAGCCGUUGGAAUGGUUGGAAUUGGCAUCAAUGGAAUUUCGGGCCACCAAUUGCAAGCUCCGAAUGCAGCGGCGGCUGCGGCCGCAGCAGCAGCAGCAGCAGCCCAGCAGCACGGAGCGAAUCAGCAGCUAUCGCAGGCGGCCGCUGCUGGUGCUCAAUAUCCGUAUACUGCGUACGGUCAAAUGGGUUAUUGGUAUCCGGGAUACCCUCAAAUGCAGACACAGUAUAUGCAACAGAGUUAUGCGGCAUAUCCAUAUGCAUAUGCUGCCGCAAGUCCACAGCAGGCAGGAACCGCUGGAUACCGCAUGAUGCAACCGAACAUGGCAGCCGGGUGGGGAAUGCAAACUAUCCCGGCAGUGGCUGCCAAUGGAGCAGCCGCAGCAGCUGCAGCUGCUGCUGCGGCGUCCUCCCAACAACCAAUGAUGUAUGCAACGAUGCCACAGUUUCAGACGCAAUGA